UAGAAGAUAACAGGCUAGUUGAGCACUUCCAAGCAGGAACUGAGUGAACUGGCUUACUGGUAUCACCUGGAUCAAUACAACUGACAGGGUCUUAGGUGGUCUUUUGAGGUGGAUAAGGUGACCAGCUUGGGAAUUGAACCCUGGUCUACCACAUGACAGGCAGAGACAUAGUCCACUGUUCCACACAGGACAGUCUACCAGAGUGUUCUCGAAGAUGUUCUGAGGAGUAAUAGCAGAGUAGAGAACAAACAGUUCCGAAGACAACACAAUCCAAUCUCCUUUAUCCUUUUCCAGUCCCAAAUCCAAAACAAUAAUUCCACAAUCCAAAUCCCGAAUCACAAUGAACUGACAAUCCAGCUUCCAGAGCAGCAGAUAAAGAGAGUCAAAUUUACUGACUCUUGAUGGGGGUUCAGGCAGAGAGAGAGAAAAAACAGAUUCCAGGCAGGGUCGAGUUCACACAGGCUUCAAGGAUCAGAUUCAGGAACUGACUGGAAUGUUCACCAAUGAGCUGAUGAGACAAUCUGGCAGAGAGGUAAGAGUGAGACUGGCUUAUAUAGUUAGUGAGACAGGUGAAACCAAUGAGGAUAAUUAAAGAGGAAUUAUGAGAUCAGGAACAAGUAGCUGGAUGCUGGCUGAUGAAAUAAGAAUUUAGCAGGAAGUGGUAACAGAAUCAUGACAAGAUGGGCGAGUUCAUCGCCUUGGACGAUGGCCACACGGAGCCUGAGAGUCCGGAGACUCAUAUCUCCGCAGUGGGGGCAGUCCGACCCCCCAAGCGCCGCCUCUGCGUGGGUGCGACCCAGGCAGAAGACACACGAUUCAUGGCCAUCAGAGGGUUCGAUUGGCUCUACGCAGGAGAGGCAAUCGCGAGAGGUCAUCUUUUGUCCGUCCGAAGCUCACCGGAACACAGCAGGGGAAGAAAAGGCGUGUCCGCUGCAGAGUGUAGAUCACGGCAGAACAUUAGGGUAAUGCAUGCAUGGAAAAGGAACACUGAUCGGGCGGGGAUUGGAUCACGUGCCAUGGGACAGACAAAAUCAGCCGACUUAAAAACUGAACACAGCUCUGCUCUGUGCUCGCUGCUCGCUCUCACUCGACCUUUGGCUUGCACCUCACUGAUCGCGCUGCGAAGCGCUCACAGCCAUAACAUCAGGCUAAGCGACUCCAGAACUACAAACACUUCGUUGAAAUUUCUGACUGAAGAAAUACUCAAAGUUUAUGCUGCGUCCCAAUUCGCCUACUUAUACUAUGUACUAAAAGUAUGUACUUUUUUUGUUAUGGAAAAUGUUAUGGAUUUUGUUUUUUUGUUAAGUGUGUAGCAAAAGAGUAUGCGCAUUCUGGGACAUACUACGAAGACGUCAUUUAACGGAAGAGAACGUUGUUACCUAGUUACGUCUUUGGGUCUGCUCAUCACUCCACAGAAGAGAGGGGCGGAGUCAGCAGAGCUCAGCCUGAUGUUAUGGCUGUGAGUGCUUUGAUAUCAAAGCAAGGUUGUUUUUCAGUGACACAUGCAUGUUUCAUAAGGUUUCAAAGUGUCCCCACUUUUUGUCAACACCGUCAGACAUUCAUUAAAAUGUAAUAAAAUCAGGGAAUAUCAGGGGCAGCUGUCACUCUAAAGGACCCCCUCGCCACAGUCCUCCACUGCAGAGUACAUCAAUGUCAGACAGGCUCUGCUAAGUUUUAUAGUUUUAGAAUAUUUUAAAUCCUAAUGUUAAUAUUUCCUGUGUCACAACCAUGAUAUGUCAACACCAUCUUCCAAUUUCUGAGGAAAUUAUUUGAAAUAUUUAGAUAAUUUUAUUCUCCUGAAGCAGGUUCUAACAUCUAGCAUCAACAGAAA